GUGUGUCUCUGUGUGUGUGUGUGUCUGUCUGUGUGUGUGUCUCUGUGUGUGUGUGUGUGUGUGUGUGUCUCUGUGUGUGUUUGUGUGUGUGUGUCUGUCUGUGUGUGUCUCUGUGUGUGUGUGUGUGUGUUUAUCUCCAGGCCAUAGAGAGGGGCCUGGUGUUCGAGGUGUCCUACUCUGCAGCGAUCAGAGACUCCACCCGGAGACGCUACACCAUCGCCAACGCUGUCUGUCUCAUGGAGACAUGUAAAGGGAAGAGUGUGAUCCUGUCCAGCGCCGCAGAGAAGCCUCUGGAGCUCAGAGGGCCCUAUGACAUCACCAACCUAGGUUUGUUGUUCGGUUUGUCAGACGGAGACGCGAAGGACGCCGUGUCCUCCACCUGUCGCUCCGCUGUUCUCCACGCAGAAACCAGGAAGACGGCGAGUGGGAUCAUCUCCACCGUGAAGAGCUGCAGCCAUUGGCCGCAUGCAGACUGUGAAGCUCCCCCAGCCAAAAGAGCCAAGCCUCAGCUGACAGAGUGACAGGCACCGGAGGGGGCGGGGCCUCUGGAGUGACACGCAGACGAGGGGGCGGGGCUU